AUGAGAGUCGACAAAGAGCAGAUCACGAGCUUCAUGCUCACCCUCGGAUUGAUGCAGGAUCAGAUAACCCAGAUCUAUCAGCGUGCCCAGGUCAGCAACAACUACACCGAGGAGCUUCUGAGUGCUCUGUAUCCAGCCAACGUCUUCUUGCCCGCGACUACCGAUUAUCCUACCUGGAUUGACAAGUACUUCGGCUCCCGGCCGCGCCUAAACGCGUCCGCUGUCUUCACCCCGGAGACCACUGAGCAAGUGUCUUCUGCUGUGCAGAUCCUGGAAUUUUUUCAGAGAAAGUUUGCUAUUCGCGGACUAGGAUUUACUUCACAUCCUGGAAUGGCGGGCAUUGAGGACGGUGUGCUCAUUGCUUUGGAGAAGAUGAACGCCAUCUCAGUCAGCCCGUCGAAGGAAGUCGUCAGUCUCGGUCCCGGCAACAACUGGGGCCGGGUCUAUGAGACUCUCGAGAGUCAAGGCCUUGCAGCUACUGGAGGAGAGCUGGCAGUCGUCGGCAUAUCUGGGCUCUUGAUUGGAAACGGCUUCUCCCAAUUUCUCAGCAGCCGCGGGUUUUCCAGCGCCGAUGUGGCCAACUUUGAGGUCGUUCUCGCUGGUGGGAAAGUUGUCAACGCCAACGCCACGGAGAAUGAGGAUCUUUGGUGGGCUCUCAAGGGCGGCUCGAACAACUUUGGCAUCGUCACACGCUUCGACAUGAAUACCUUUCCCCUUCCGAACGGCGUCUGGUCCGGCACUCUGUCCUACAACCAGAGCCAAGCGGAUGCCGCCCUCGAAUCCUUUUACGACAUGCAGACUGGCCCCCUCCUCGAUGAUCCGCACCUUACGGUUACCUGUCUGGAGAUGAUCAUACCUGCGAUCGGCCUCACCACAAUCGACCUGGCCACGUCCACGGACAAGACCAACUUCACUGGAUCCUACCCGGCUGCCAUCAAGCCUCUCCUGGAUGCUGAGCCGAUCUCAACCAACAUGUCCCGGAAGACUCUCACUACGUUGGCCACUCAGGAUGUGACGCCAGAGUUCCUGAGCGUCUACACGAAACGCAUCAACCGUGCAAACGUAAAUGUCAAGGCCGACAAGGAAUUGUACAAGGAGAUCUCCACAUUGCUGUUCACCCACUAUGGGUCCUCCGCCCUCGAGGAGCACACCAUCGGUCUGUCAUGGAACCCCGUCACACCCCAUACUGUGCGCGAAACGAACAGGAAAGGAGGUAACCCGGCCGGUUGGCAAGAGAUUAACCAGAACUGUCAGUACAUUCUUUCACCAGCGUGGUCUUCCGAAGUAGAGUCUUAUGAAGCAUGUGCUGACCAGAAGCCAGCUAUCAACCUGAGGACUAACUGGGCCAACUCCGCCGACGAUGCGGCAGCUAUCCAGAUGGACGAUGCCUUUGUGGCCAAGAUCACAGAGCUCGCCCGCAAGCGGAAUGCUCUGAUGCCGAAUCAGUGGCUCAACAACGCCGCGGAAAAUGUCGAUGUCAUGAAGAGCUACGGGGAGGAUAACUUCGAGAGACUGAGAUCUGUGUCUGACAAGUAUGAUGCUGAGAAGACUUUCCAGCGACUCUGUCCUGGAGGUUAUAAGCUUGGGAUGUCUGAAAUAUCAGGAUGGUCUCCUUUGAAGCUCGAGCUUUCAUAA